AUGAGGUGUCUCUCAGAUGAUGAGGCAUUGACGUUAUUCAUUGAUAAAGUGGAAGUUAAUAUUUUUGGAGUUCCAGCUUUAAAAGACAUUGUGAAACUUGUGGUCGAACAAUGUGCUCGUUUACCCCUUGCAAUUGUCACAGUAGCUUGUUGCAUGAGGAGAGAAUAUGACAUUUGUGAAUGGAGGAAUGCACUCGAAGAAUUGUCUAAAAGCAUACAAAGUGUCAAAGGCAUGGAAACAAAUGUACUGGGGCAAUUACAGUUCAGUUAUGAUUGCUUGAAGAGUAAAAAUGUGCAACAUUGUUUCUUUUAUUGUGCACUAUAUCCCAAAUACUUCAAAAUCCCGAAAGAGGAGCUAAUAGUGUAUUGGAUUGCAGAAGGACUAGUAGAUGAAAGAGCUAGUUUGCAAGCAACAUAUGAUGGGGCUUAUUCUAUAUUGAAUAGACUUGUAAACAACUGCUUGUUAGAGACUAUUGAUGAUGGAAGAUGUGUGAAGAUGCAUGAUCUUAUAAGAGAAAUGGCAUUGGACAUUACAAGCAUGAGUCCUUUAUUCAUGGUAAAAGCUGGAGAGAAAUUGCAAGAAUUCCCAAGGGAACAAGAAUGGAAAGAAAAUCUUGAAAAGGCUUCAUUAAUGAGGAAUAACAUAUUAGAAAUUCCUCCAAAUAUGAUGCAAGGGUUGAAUAUUCUCAAUCUUUCGUACACCAUAAUCGAGAAGUUGCCAGAUUCUAUCUCUCACUUGACGAAUCUUACAGCAUUGUUACUUCAAUAUUGCGAGCAUAUAAAGCAUGUUCCUUGUUUAGCAAAACUGUCGUGUCUUCGGAAUUUGGACCUUGAGGGAACUCAAAUAACAGAAGUCUCUGAAGGUAUGGAGAUGCUGCAAAAGCUUAGAUACCUUAAUCUUUUUUCAGUGUAUCUAGAAAAGUUACCAGCUGGGAUGCUAUCUAAACUAAAUUGUGUCCAAAAAUUGAGAGUGUAUUGGGGAUCCAAAACUUCAGAAGAAAUGGUUGAGGAGGCAUCAAAAUUGAGUGAAUUAGAUAUUUUAGAAGCGUGCUUUAGAAAAAUAGAAGACUUUAAGAUAUAUGUCAAAUCUUUAGGAAGUGGAGUUGGUAGAUUUGUGGAGUUUAAUGUUAACUUUGUUGCGCCCCCAAAAGAUUUACAGUGUCUGACUCUGAAUUACUGCAAUACUGUAACAAGCUUAAGUGAUGUUCUGUCUAACGAAGGAGAUUAUUCAGAUCUUAAAGCUGUCCAUGUACGUUAUUGUAAAAAUUUAAAGGAGUUGUUGUCAGCUAAGUUGUUGCGGGCCUUGCCAAACCUGGAAGUGAUUGAAGUUUCUAGUUGUAAUGAAAUUGAGGAGAUAAUAAGAUUAGAUGUUGGUGAAGAAAAAAGUGAGGAAGAUGGAAGGAGUAAUACCACACUUAACUCUUCCUAA